AUGGACCCGCCGGACCGAACCGUGGAUAGCGGGGGUGGCGCCGUCUUCCAAGGCGACAUCACGGCAGGCAGGGACAUCACCAUCAACCAGAUCACCGAGAUACGACAGGUCGCUGAACAUUUGAGCAGUCGUUGCAACGAAACAAACAACUCUCAUAAACUUCUCGGUAGCCUAGAGGCUUUGAGUGUAUUUGCGAAAUACACUGAAGACUAUGCAAAUACGCUCGACACCAGCGUGUUAUCCAGCGACCUACACUUCGGAAGAGUUUCAGAAGAAUGCGCUUCAAUACUGCGAGAGCUCAAACUACUGGUAGAGACGCUAGAGCAAGGUGAACUUGGAGGAUACGAGCCUUCUCCAUCCUUUGGCGAAAAUGUUCUGGAUUUGCGGUCGAGGCUCACAAGUCUGCAAUCGCAUCUUAACAUCGUCAGCAACCGCAAGGCCCAGAAAGACUACAGUACCAUCAAGGAGACUCUCACUCAGCUGGUGAACAGCCUGACAAAUGGUGGUGGGGUCAAGUCGUGGUCGAGUCUUUUGAUCAUUAAGGCGCUUAUGGAAGAGGUCAUCGCUUGUGAGAAUCGGUUCGAGCGACAAUUUACACAUUAUCCCAGGAGCUUUGAGGCUGCGGAUUUCCGUCCAUGCCAUUACUUCCACAAGAUGUAUGGCACAUCGACGGGAGGGAUAUUAGCCAUCGCACUGAGUCGACUGCGCAUGACCGUAAGCGAAACGAUCACUGCUUUCGACAAAAUUUUGAGCGAGAUGUACACACACGUCCGUACCCGGGUUACUCUCGUCAAGAAGUAUCACAAUAUACCCAUGAGAAAGGGCCUUGAAGCAGUGGCCCAACAGUACUGCAAACAGCACGAACUGGGUCAGUGCAGCCAAGAAGACAAGUUCCGGUGGCGUGCACCAAUCAACGAUGAUCAAGGAAUAUGCUUGGCCGCUGUCCGCUCGGGGCAGCUAGACGAAGCGUAUCUAUUGCGUACAUACAGUCAUCAUUACGACCCAGAUAUUGCCCCUCCUUGGGUUACUCCAUACAACCAAGAUACUCUCGACCUUAACACGUGGGAAGUAGGUCGCGGCACCACUGCUACACCAUUCCGUUUCGACAUGUUAGUAGUAAAUGGCCCCGACGGUCGCUUGGGUCUGAAAGAUGGUGGGAUACGAGAGAAUAACCCUAGCUAUUGUGCUUAUUCCGAGGCCGCCUCACUUUGGGGAGAUGAUAACGAACCCUCACUUCUACUGUCUAUUGGAGCUGGACAAACUAGCUCCAAAUCGGAUGACCUCUCCCUCUCGGGAAUCUUACCGAUCAGGCUGUCCGCGCUGAACAAAUAUGCGGGAAAACUAGCCGUAUUUAAAAACACACUGAUCAAAUACACGGAAGGUCAGGACCGGCACAAGAUGAUGCGCACUAUUGCUAGGGGUGGACACACGUGGUAUAAACGCUUCGAAGUCACGGGAGGUUUGGAGAAGAUAGGUGCUGAUCAAUGGGAACCCGGGAUGAUGCUCUCCACAGGCGGACACGAGACUAUGCGUCCGGGUGGUAAAACUUUGAACACUAUAAACACUGCCACCGAGGUGUACCUGAGUCGACAAGAGCCUGAUAGGAGUGUCAAUGAAUAUGCCGCCCCACAACAGAUGCUGAGGCAGACCGCGGAAAAGUUGGUUCGCAUGCGAAGAGCGCGAGAGCUCGAGGCCAUGACUCAGGGUGGGGAAAAGCGCGAGCAUUGGGAGGCGUUCAUGGGCAAGCACCUUAUUGGUGAGCGGGAUUUCUUCCGAAAGUACCAAGAGGAGUGGGACUACGCCCUGCUAGGUCGUAAGAAUUAG